AUGUUUGCAGAAGAUGACCCCAACUUUUGGGGACCUGAUCCAUCCGUAGAUGACAUUGUCCUAUCUUCUGAGCUCAAAAUCUCAGAAAAGAACAAGUACAAGCUUGAUAAAUUCCUCAUUGAAUCCGGGCUAUCUUCCCGCCUGAUCCGUAAAAUUAUGAGAAAGGCCAAGAUCCCAAAGUGGUUGGAUAUUGUUUGCUGCUCCCAAAUGACCAAAUUGACCUUGAAAACUACGGGUAUCAACCAAGAGUAUGCGGCCAUAAUCUUAGCUAAGGCUCAAGAGUGGAAUGAAGAAGCACUUGAUCAAAUUGUUUAUAUGUCAACUUGA